AUCUCUGUCUUUCUCUCUCUUCCAGCCCUCCCCGGACUCCCACUAAGACUUUCUCUUCCCUGUUGGAGAGUAUCUCCACCCCCCACAUCCAACAGCCAUGGCAGAUGACGCGGACAUGCGCAAUGAGCUGUCAGACAUGCAGCAACGCGCCGACCAGCUGGCCGAUGAGUCACUGGAGAGCACCCGUCGUAUGCUGCAACUGGUGGAGGAGAGCAAAGAUGCCGGCAUCAGGACUUUAGUGAUGUUGGACGAGCAGGGAGAGCAACUGGAACGGAUCGAGGAGGGAAUGGACCAAAUCAAUAAGGACAUGAAGGAUGCAGAAAAGAAUUUGAACGAUCUAGGGAAAUUCUGUGGUCUUUGCUCCUGUCCAUGUAACAGUAGGAUGAAGAGUGGAGCCAGCAAGGCCUGGGGGAACAACCAGGAUGGGGUGGUGGCGAGCCAGCCGGCCCGUGUGGUGGACGAGCGCGAACAGAUGGCCAUCAGCGGAGGCUUUAUCCGCAGGGUAACAGACGAUGCCCGAGAAAAUGAAAUGGAUGAGAAUCUGGAGCAGGUCGGCGGCAUCAUCGGUAACUUGCGCCACAUGGCCCUAGACAUGGGCAACGAGAUCGACACCCAGAACCGCCAGAUCGACAGGAUCAUGGAGAAGGCUGAUUCCAACAAGACCAGGAUUGACGAGGCCAACCAGCGUGCCACAAAGAUGCUGGGCAGUGGCUAAAUGGCCAGUGCUGAGACCUCGACCGUCUCAGCGUUAUGCGCCGCACAUUGACGGGGCGCCGACAUGCUUUCAUCAUGGUAUUGACCUUCUAGGUUUGCACACAUGCACAUAUCACCCCCCCCCCCCCCCCAUUGUAAAUGUUGUUCUGUGUGUCGUCUGUCAAGCUUUUUAAAGAUUGUCCUCGUAAAAAGAUGAUUUCUUAUACUCUGUGUAUCAUUCUUCCCAAAGGUUGUAUAUAGUGCUGACUCGAUGGCUCUCUUGCUCACCCGUGAAGUUUUUAUUCUUAAAGUAUAUAUAUAUAUAUCAUAUAUUAUUGUAUAACAUAUCUAUAUAAUAUAUAUAUAUAAGUACACUGCUCUGGAUGACAAGUAUAUAAUAGGAAUGCUGUACACGCUUGUUUGCUUUCCUUCUACUUUCCUUUCAGUAUUGUCUUUGUAAAACUGUGUCAUUCCAUUUAGGCUACUGUCAUGCUCUUUAAUUUUUUCUGGUGUAGUCACGACAAAGCGAGCAGACGGGCACGGCGGUACAGUCGUGCGGUGUUGCUCCGAGUGUUUACAAUCAGGGUGCAGGCAGGACGUUUUCUUCAUCUCAAUCAUACUGAGUUACCGUUUAGACGAUGUGCAACUUAGACUCUGUAGCUGUAUUAGACAUUGCAUUCCAAAGUGAUGUGAAUUGUGCGUUCUCUGCAUGACAAAAUGGUAGAUUUUAGUCUUAUAAAUAAAACUUGUCUGAAAAAAUAUAUAUAAAAAAACCGAUAACAUGGCAGUAGCAAAAUGACAAAACUGCAUGCUCAGUAUUAGGACACCGUUUAUCGUUCCAUACUCCUGCAAGUUUGCAAUAGUGCCACUCUUUCUGUCUCGAUAUAUUUACUGACUGUGACCAUCUUGUUGUAAAAUAAUGCAAAAAGGAUCAAAAUGGUGAGAAUACAAUGAGAAAUAUGAGGACUCUGGGAGUUGUAUUGCAAAAAAAACAAAACAAAAAAAAACACACAAAAAUGACCUGUUUUCUAAAUGAUUAUGCAGUUCAGUGAUGAUGAUGAUGAUGAUUAUGUGCUGGAAGAUGAAGACUGGUUGUGUACUGUAACAUAGGUUUUGGUUGCUCUGAAAAACAAAAAAAUAAAAUAAACGUUUGCAAUGUAAAGCAAAGAUGCAUAUUUCUGAGAGACCUUACUUUUUUAAGAAGACUGUAUCUGUAAGUUUAUUCUCCCUGUGUGGUUUGUUAUUGGUAAAAUAAUGAUUAUACUCUGAAACAAAAAAUACAUGCAAAGGGUUUUUUUUUUUGUUGUUGCUUCUGUACUUUAGAGCUAUGCACACCAAAUCGCCAAAAUGUUGAGUAGUUAUAGUAAAAUGACUAAAUACCUAAACCCGAAUGACACAAUAGGUUAUACUGUGAGAUUGUUGUCCUCAAAGCAUGUAAUAAUAAAGACUCCCUCUCUGUAUCCUGUCAGUGUGUGAAGUGGUGGACAUUUUGUAGCUAGCUGAAUUGAUUAAAAUUAAUAAAUCCGA